AUGGAUGACAACUACAUAAAUUUCAACUUUAAUACGUUGGACGAUUUAUGCAAUAUAACCAGUAAAUUACAGGAAUUAAAUGAAUUACAAUUGCAACUUAAUGACAUUGCAGAAUCAAAAACAGCUGGUAAGAAAGGUUCUGUUGCGGGUUCAAUUACCAAAGUCAAUCAAGAAGAGUUCGAUAGUGCAAUUAAGAAUCUAACAUCUGAUGUUAGCAAAUUUGAUAUUAUUGGUGAAAAAGAUCACUUAAAGGAAUGUGAUGAAUUACUUGAAAAAUACGGACAAUUGCCAGUUUUGUUAGAGCUAAGAACUCAUUUGGAAACUAGGAGUAAUGUGUCAUUGACAAUUGACAGAUUGAGAAAACUUCAAGCCAUUGAUACAAGAUUGGAUCGGGAUUUGAGUUUAACGGAAUUGAAGAAUAUGUAUCAAGAGAUCAACAGUUUAAAUGAAAAAGACAAUUUGCUUGAAAAGUUUAACAAUAAAUUCAAUACUAAAAGAGAUGAAUUGAUGAAACAAUUUCAGGAAACUUUAACAACAAACAAAUGGCUAAGCAACACAAGUAUUCCUAACGAAGCCUUAACAUUAAUUUCUCGACAAUUCAACGAGCUAAUCUGCUUACAGUCGAUUGUUCUGAUCCCCUCUUAUCCCGAAACUUGGUGGGGGUUAAACCUAUUAUUGGAGCCAAUUAUUACAAGAUUCAAUUAUCAUUUCAACAGUGUGAACAAGGAAACAAAUAAACUUUCAAAACCUGAAUGGGCACUAGAUUUUCUUGAGACUUUUUUACAUGAUAAUUUAGGGUUGUUGUGUAUUAUUGUUGACGACACGUUCAAAGCGUUGAAUAGAAUCGGUACCUAUGAAGUGAUAACAUGUUUGUUAAUUCCAUUGAGGAGUAAAAUUGAAAAUAUGAUUGAUUUAAUUAACGAGAGAGUUGCCGAUAACGAUAACACCGUGUCACUUGAAAAGAAUGGUAGGAUAUUGUCCCAUUUAGUUUUCGAAUUGUCUUCUUUCGACCAAAGAAUUAAGGCGAAAUAUAAAUACAAUCCCUUCAUAAUUGAUUUCGAACAUGUUCCUGAAAAUAAAUGGCUAGGAAUCACGAGCGAUAUUUUAUUGAACGAUCUGAAUCAUGCUGCUAAAAACUGGUUAGAGUUUGAGAAUAAAUUGGCAUUGAAAAGGUUCAACAACGAGAUUAUUAACGCUCCUGAUGCAUUCAUAAUUGACCACGAUUACCAAGGUCUCAACCAUGAGAAGGAGAUUAGCUUGCAUAUUUUGAAACCAACAUAUUCUGCGUAUGGAUUAGUGAAAUUGAUAAACAACUUGAAUUCACAUUUCCAGACAUUAAAUAUAGUCAAGUACCAGUUACAAUUUGUGUCAAGAAUUCAAUUGGGGUUGAUAGACAAGUAUUAUGAUAUUAUCAAGAAACAUUAUAAAGAGUUCAAUAACAAGUAUAGUUUUAAAAAUGCAUUAAAUAUGAUUCCGGGAUCAAUGGUGGAUGAAAGUAUCAAUAAAAACAAAAAUGGCAAUGAUAACACGAUCAAUGAACACAUAAAAAAUGGUAUCACUUUUUUAACCGAAAUUUUUUGUUCCACCAAAUACAUAAGCAAUGAAUUAGAGAAUUGGAGUAAUCAAUUGGUAUUCAUUCAAUUAUGGUCCACAUAUACCGGGCUAUCUUCAGAAUUAUCAGAAGAUAGAAGCAUAUUUGAUUCUGCGUUGAAGCAAUAUGAUGAUUUGGUUAAUAAAAUUCUCAAGAGUUACGAUGAACUUUUUAAAAGUGAGAUAAAACAAUUGUUGAAGAAAUAUGUCAAUUUGAGUGAAUGGGAUUCACCAAGUGCUACUGCUACACAGUCGCCCGACAAGAAUAGUGAACUUGAACCAUCGGUUUAUUUAACACCUUUGAUCAGUUUGUUACCACAGUAUUUGGAUAUUAUAUCCAGAAGUGUAUCGCAAUUGGAUUACUUUAUAAUUAGCGACAAUACAGUUUCAACAUUAUGUCAGAUAUUAUUUGAAUAUGUUUUGACAAAUAACGAAUUCGACCGAAAUGGAAUUAAUCAAUUGCUUGUCGAUUUUGGAUACAUUGUUAAAUUUUUGCAGUAUUCGUUGAACUUGAACACGCUGGAUACUUAUAGUGAUGCAUUUGAGUAUUCCAAUGACACCAAUUCUGAUUAUGUCAAGAUUGUACAAGCGAUUGAUUUGCUAGAUUCAGUUGAUCAUGACGUGAUAACAAAUUUUAAUCAAGAAAAGUUGGACCACAAUAGUGCCAAACUUAAUGAGUUUGUUACAAAAUUGAGGUUGAAAUAUCAACACGAGCUUAAGGAAUUAACCAAUUAUGAUAUACAAAAUUUAUUAAGUAGAGUGGUGUAUUGA